GUCGUACAUAUUUAUGCCCAUAAAAAUUAGUGCUUGAUGAUCGGGGAUUCCCCCCGUCCAUCAUUGCACGCAUCGACACACUAUUCCUAGUCGUCCCACGGUCAAUGAUUCAUCACAUCUGUCACUCUCCACCGGCUGCAUACCAUGUCGCAUCCAAUCGUGGACUCACUAGCAAAGCAGUGUAAACAUGUGGACGUGCAAAUGUCCACCUCCAACGCAAUUUCCACGCAGGUGGUCUGGUCACCGAACCCCCGUUCGUGUCCACAUUUAUAGGGUUAAAAUGACUCGGGUUUUCCUUCCUUGCUGUCUAUAAAUUGAUAUGCAACCCCCCACUCCAUCUGCAGUAAGCUCACACCACGCGUCUGCAUCCGGUGCUGCACAUGGCUCGCUCCGCUCUGCAUCCGGUGGCCUUGGUGGUGGCAACGACCGUGGUGCUACUGGCGGCCGCACCCCGUGGCGGCGAGGCUAUAACCUGCUCCCAGGUGUACGGGGACCUGAUAUCGUGCGUGGGGUACCUGCAGGGCGGCCCCAUCAAGCAGCAGUGCUGCAGUGGGAUCAAGUCGUUGAUAGCGGCGGCGCGGACGACGCAGGACCGCCGCACCGCGUGCGGGUGCAUCAAGACGGCCGCCGCGGGGCUGUCGGGGAUCGACUACGGGCGGGUCAGCCAACUGCCCGGCCAGUGCGGCAUCUCCGUUUCUUACAAGAUCAGCCCCAACGUGGACUGCUCCAAGAUAAACUGAGAGACCAAAGGUUGGAAGCCAUCGGGCCUGUGUUUUUCUCGUUUAUGCGCGAGAGAAGAACAACAAGGAGCGGUGCUCCUCCAUCCCAUCCCAUCCCAUCCCAUCC